AUGAACGAGCAUCAUGUCGAGUCUGCCGAUGGCACCCUUGUUGUCAUCGUCGUUCGAGCCAAACACUUACCCAAUCGUCGAAAAUUUGACAAACAGCUGCCAUAUGCUACUCUUCGCAUAGGUACGGUGGCCAAGAAAACUCCCAGUGCGUUCAGAGCUGGCCAAACACCCGAUUGGACACAUGAAGUCCGCUUCGAUCUUCUGGUUGAAAGAAAGCCCAUACUUGUGGUUGACGUACUUGACGAAACGAAGAACGAUCCCACAAUGAUUGGCCACUGUGAAAUUGAUUGUCUGAAAGUAUUCAAUCAUAGCAACUAUCAUGAUGGCAAGUAUAUCUUAGACGGGUGGUAUGAGCUCCUUUUUAACGAGAAACGCGCCGGUUUGAUAUACUUGGAGAUGACCUUUUAUCCACUUGUGCCUAUUGUACCACCUAAAGUGCCUGUGGAGAGUGCUCCGACAGCUCCACUCCCGCCACACCAUUACCUGGAAGCAUCAGUACACGAUCACAUCGAGGAUACAUCCGACCAAUUGUCUAUGGGACUGAGGCCGUCACUUGAGUUUGGCGUGAGUCACUCUCUGAGACCACCGAUCCCUCCAAAGGACAUUCCUCCACCAUUGCCAACUCACAGUAUUCGUAGUAGUGCUGUUGAGUCUCCCGAUCACUCGAUCUCUCCUCGGCGAUCGCCAGUACGCAAAUCCCCCCACAACUCACUUCUGCCGCAUAGCUCACUACCUUCACAAAACUCCCAUCAUUCACACCCACCACCGCCAGCUCAUCACUCGCAGCUAGCUCAAGAUCCACCAAGACCGCGGAUCUCGCAGCGGUUGAGCCAAACCAGUGAUCUACUGAGGUCCCCGCCGAAACACCCCCAUCGAAAGAGCAACUCUGCAGUGGACGAAGUUUUUGUACUGGGAAAUUAUAAACCGCCUGGUCUAGCUGAAAAGCUCAAGAAGUUUGCCACUCAACGUCCUCCUCCAAGCCCUACAGUUGUCACCUUGAACGAAGAAGACAUUGACAAAAAAGGAGGAUUAAAGAAUCGCAUCUCGAAGUUCGUCUCGAAGUACGAAACUAAAAAUGGAGUGAGCACAUUAUGGAACCACUCUCCAUCUGAGAGAGCAAGAACAGAUGAAUCAGGACCUUACUUCCGCAGCCCCCUGCCCAUGUCUGAAUACGAGAGUGAGAUGAAUUUUGCUCCAGAAUCAGCUGUGGAUGGUGACGUUCCCCAGCCUCCGCCUCAUACCCUGGUGCUAGGUAAAAGACCACUGGAGUCUGGUCUGAUGCGAUACCUGCCAUCUAGUGAGUUGUCCAAACUGUUUUCGAGAUUACUGACGGCAGUACCAUUUAGUGCUGAUCUGAUUGGUCUAGAGGACGAACCGGAAGAUUUGCCAACCCAGGUAUUCUGCAUGAAUCAGCAAGUGAGACUGUUGAGUCAUGCUCAUCACCCUCAAUUGGAAAAGCCGAUUGUGGCAGCGGAUGCUGAUGAAAUAGACCCAAAAUACUAUGCCCCUCAGCCAACAGAACAGCUAAAUCAACAGUUCAGGAUUUCGGAGGGACAUGCUACUGACCGAGACUUGGCGGUGGACUUGCGCACCCACAAGACUGGUUACAUUGGCAAUGGCAAGUUUCUGCCCUCGGUGUUUGACAGAGCCCUGCACGCCGGGUUUGAGGAUGACCCCAAGCCCCCAGUACCUCCAAAAAUUCCUUAUGGUCUUAGUGAGAAAGAGUACUACACCAUUGACCGUCAGCUGUACAUUAAAGACAUUUCAGGCAACCGGUAUUAG